GCGCUUCGCGGGUUGGCAGUGCCUGCAGAACCUCCUCACGUGUUCAUUGUGGUUACUCUGACAUCACCAGCGUGAACGAGAAAAAGUCUUCCCCCCCUCUCUGCAAGGUUGCUACCAACAGAGUGAACAGAAUCGUGCGUUGAGGAAGCAGUAACUUUGAGCUCUGGUCAGAGUGGAGCAAUCUGAAAAUUGUACGUAACAAAGAAAUACAGCAUCGGAUUACCGCCUUUGAAAAGUCUUCUUCUGAGAACGGUCUCACCGGAUCAAACCUUGUACAAAUUCAGUAUGACUCGACUCCGGUUUAAGGACGCUUUUUGGUGCCCAGAGUUUACCAGUUACGUCGGACAUGAGGUCUUACUGGAGCGAUUACGGGAAGGCCGAAAAAUGUGCAAAGACAUGGAGGAACUUCUGAAACAGAGGGCAAUAGCGGAAGAAAAAUACGGAAAGGAGUUGAUGCAUAUUGCACGCAAGGCUGGGGGUCAAAUGGAGCUAAAUACCCUGCGAAUAGCCUUUGACAGCCUAAAGCAACAGUUGGAAAGUGUCGGAAACCUACACAUUCAACUGGGUGCUGAGUUGAAAGAGGAGGCCAAGCGACUGGAGGAUUUCCGGGAGAGGCAGAAGGAGACACGGAAGAAGUUUGAAAAUUCUAUGGAACGUGUACAGAAGAAUAAAGUGGCAUUAUACAAGAAGACUAUAGAGUCAAAGAAAUACUACGAACAGAAGUGCAGAGAGGCAGAUGAGGCUGAGCAAGCCUCAGAACGAGCAAACUCCACAGGAAACCCAAAACAAAUUGAAAAGUGCCAGAACAAGGCUAGGCAAUCUCGUGACACUAUGGGUGAUGCAGAACAAGUUUAUCAACAGAAUAUAGAACAACUCGACAAGGUUAGACAAGAAUGGGAGCAAGAACAUAUCAAAACUUGUGAGGCCUUUCACCAACAGGAGUGUGAUCGUAUCAACAACCUGAGGAAUUCAUUGUGGGUUCACUGUAACCAGCUCUCAUUGCAGUGUGUGAAGGAUGAUGAGCUGUACGAGGAAACUCGGAAGGCUUUGGAGCAGUGUGACAUCGAUGCAGAUAUAGAUUGCUUCAUUCAGAAGAAGAUGACGGGACUGAAUCCCCCUGCUCCCAUUGAGUAUGAGAAUUACUACCACAAGUCAUCUGGGGAAAAUCGCACCGUGACCUCUUCCAAGAAUGGAGGGAUGAUGAAAAGGAUUUCCAAUCUUUUACCUGGCCACAGUUCCAAAUCCAGUAGCAGCAAUUCAGUCAGUGUUACUGCACCACCCCCUGCAGAGGAGUUGUACGCCAGUGUUGCUGUUGUACCACAAGAAAACCCAAACAACUACAGAGUGCUUUACGACUACACUGCUCAGAAUGCUGACGAAUUAGACAUAACGGCCAAUGACGUAAUCCAGAUCACCGAGGAAAAUGAAGAUGGGUGGUGGACGGCGCGUCGUAAUGGGAGGAGUGGUUUGGUCCCCAGCACCUACUUGGAGAAAGCCUGACAGCUCCAGGGUUCAUCCAGCUGCAUGUUUUCUGCAAUAACUUGAGGAACAGUAAAAGUUUUAUGGUGGCAUUGGCCAGCAAGCUGCUUAACUUUAAAGUUUACGUGAGGUAAUUGGGUGAGAACCCACAUAGUUUAAUAUAGUACAUGCUGUUGAUAUGAUGUUCAAUUGUCUGACCUCUAGUAUUUAUCUGUAAAUGUAGAUCACUUAUAGACCAGUAUUGUGGUAAAUUCAUCCGUGAUGAUGAAUACAAUAUAUACAAGUAUAUUGUAAUCUUCAUUCCUGCUGAUCUCAAACUCCCUGGACUUUGAAAUACAUGUGUAUAUUGUUCCCCUUUGAGCCUUGUUAUUUCCCAGUUCAGGUGUGCUGAAAUGCAUUGUAAACUUCCACUUACCCUGGCACUGAGUCCAGCUAUCCAUCUACACAACUCCUGUCUCAGGUGCUUAAUCCAUCACCAACUUGGGAUAGUUUGUGCACAUGUCCUUGCAGGAAUUGCCCAAAAGGACAGGACCAGACUCGCACCUUUAUUUUGUAGAAUAUUUAACAGAAUAAGUAUUAUUUCCUUCCACCCCCUUUGCAUCAUCCAAAGCUUUGGGGUUGAAGGCCUGUGUCCAAGAACCCUGUUACAGUCAUCCAGUUUUUACCUGUGGUUUCCCCUGAAAGCAUCCAUCUGCUGUUGCAAGAGGCUGGUGCUCAUAAUUCCGACUUGAUAGUUGGAUUGACAGCAGACACCAUCGCAGUUGAGUCCUGUUCUGUCUUCAGUCCAAUGUUCCCACACAGGCAUACCCAAGAAGUUAUUUUCCCUGGAGAGUAUCUUGACACACAAACCCUAGGAUUUGUUCUUCCCUAAUCUAGGAUUGCCAAGCCAGCCAUUACCAAUGUGCUCCUUUCCUGCAUUUUCUAUUUUUAUUUCUAAGCCCUUUGGUUUUAUUUUACAGCAAGUGUUUAGUUUUAGAUUAUCUAAGAAUUAUUGUGAUUUCUAGCAGUUAGUUCAUGUAAUAAAUUCCAAAGUCUGAAACACUGACUAUCUUGCAGUUGUCAAGCUACAGCUAUGGUUUUAUGUUGUUUAACAUUGCAACUGUUUGUAGUGACAUUUAAACUGCAAAUCUUGCAGACAGCUAUAGUGUUGCAAAUUUUGUGGCCAUUAAGUGGUGCAAUAGAGAGAGUGUUCUUCCAGCUGCUUUGCAUGUUCUAUUGUUACAAGACAAAACUAUCCAUCAUCUGAAUGUGAACAACUGGUGCAUUAUAAAUGUCAUUGCACUGUUAAAUGCUGCACACAUUUGCUGUACAAAUCAGUACCAAGGGCAGUAUUAAAGUUGUAUUAAAAUUGCAUAUAGUUUUAUAAUAAAUAGUCAGUGACCAUGUGAAAGUGACAAAUUUCUGCAAGCAAUAUUGUAAUUAAAGUAUUAACCAUUGUAAAUAGUUAAGGAGCUAAACUAAUAGAAACUAAACUAGGAAUGUUUAAAACACAAUUCUUUCUCUAUACCUGUCUCACAGCAAAUGCUUAAUAAAAUUGGUUUAGUUUUCUUUUCAGUAAUGAAUGAUUUUAGUUUCUUGAGAAAGCUGCUUGUUACUGGUUGUCAUUGUACCUUGCCUUCCCAAGUGUGUCCAUUGCCAUAGAGUUGUACAGCAUAGAAACAGGCCCUUUAGCCCAACUUGACCAUGCUGCCAGCUUAAUUGCAUUUGCCUGCACAAGGCCCAUCACCCUCUUCUCCUUUCCUAUCCAAGCCAGACCAGGGUAAGAACUGGAAACCUUUUCCUUAAGGGUAUUAGUGAACUUGGUUAAUUAAAUAACUAUCUAAAUUAGACAUCAAUGGAACAAGUUGCCAGAGCAAGUGGUAGAGGUGGGUACAAUUACAAUGUUUAAAAGGCACUUGGACAGGUACGUGGAUAGGUGAAUGAGAUGAGCUUGGAUAGGCAUCUUGGUUGGAGUGGAGUAGUUGAGCCAAAGGGCCUGUUUCUGUACUGUAUAACUCUGACUAUCUCCAACCUUGGAUUGGAUUUGAACUCCCAUCGUAAGAUAUUUC